AUGAAUAGAUCAGGAAGCAGCAAAACAUGCAACAAAAGUCGACUAAAUCGUAAGGAUAAGUCACAUGCUGAGACGUCAACAAACCGUGAUGGAAAUGGAGGUCGACUUAACCGCAAAGACAAAUCCACUGAUGACACACCAGCAAACCGUGCAGGAAAAUAUAACUACUGGAUCCCAAGAAAAACUGAGAUUUUGCUAAACCUCGUGAAUGUUGAGCUAAAAGCAAAGGACUACACGAUAAGAUUGCCAGACAAUCCAGCUAAAAAAAGAAUAGAAGAAAAAUACUAUGAAAUGACUGGUGAUAAGAUUAUUUUUGAGCCUGAGAUGAGAAAUAGACUAGACUACAUGCGUCGUCUACGACAGCAUUACAAUAUGUUAAUCAACCGUACCGGUGUCCGAGUUAAUCCUACGACGGAACAAAUUGAAAUGCCUAGUUCAUGGUGGGACGAUCGAAUUGCGGAGGCUGGAACAACUAAUGGAAAAUUUAUACGAGUGUUGCAAAGCAAACCUCUUCCUUUUAAAGAGCUACUCGAUCAAAUUUAUGGAGAGCAUGAUUUGGAUCAAGAUGAACGUUAUUCACCAUUCAUGCUCGGCGAACAUAUCCAGCAAAUGCAAGCGGAGGAAGCUAGUGAUGAUGAAACAACAGUGGCAGAUACUGCAGAAGAUAGUGGACGACUUCCUUCAGAACCGAUUAGCCUCAUAGCUUCAGAUGAUGAAUUUCCCACUAGAGAAGAAGCACAUCGUUCUCCAUCUCGUGCAAACAAGUCAAUUCUGCGUGUCCAAAGUACAUCUACUAAGCGUACGAAUAGAAGAAGAGUCAAUUUCGAGACACAAAUCCAAAGUGGCUUUCAGCGUAUGGAAGAGUCUCGCACGAACUUGUUAGAUGUUUUACGGUCACGACACUACCAGAAAGCAACUUUUGGAGAUGCUUUGGCUCUACUAGAAACAUUGGAUGUGGAACCGAUGGGAAGCUUUUGGUGGGCAGCAAGUGGAUUGUUGAUGAAGGACGAAGAAAUCCGUGAUGGCUUUGUGAAAUUACGAAAUGAAGAAAAUAAAAUUCGGUAUUUAGAGAGGCUAAGUGGUGUUGAUAGAUAUGGUGAUUCAUGCCAAAUCAUCAACUUAAGAGAGACUUCCAACACCCCAACGUCUCCUGUCCCACUAGCACAUUCACAAAUGGCUGGAAUUACCACAAGAGCUUCACCAAGUUUUAGUCAAGGACAAGGAAUGUUCGAAUCAGGACCUGCUGGGACUAGUUUUUCAUCUUUACUUGGGGUUCUUGGAGCUAACUCGUUAGGUUUAAGUUCUGGGUUAUAA